AUGGUUUACGCCGAGCGCACGGAACGUCACAUUUCGCCAACAGAUCAAGCAAACUCGAACGCCACGAAUGGUAAGCCACUUACCGAAGCUACCAAAUACACCAUGGAACAACGGUCAUCGAGCAGCUCGAGUACUGCCACUAAUUGGGGCAGCCAUAAGUCGCCGUCAGAGGAUAAAUGGAAGUAUAAUAAUAUGGUGCGUAACGAUCGUGAAAAAUUCAACAGUUUGCAUUUCUGCUGAUCAUGGAAGCGCUAUGUUAAGCUCGCAUUCCAUCCCCACCCUCAUACCUCACCUUUAGUUUAGUUAAGCCUGUUUCCUAAGUUGUUGAGCUUUAAGUAAGAACUUUCAUAAUGUGAUUUAUAUAAUUUAGUCAUAAACCGGUGCAUGUACAUACAUACAUACGUACUUAUAAAGUUGUUAUAAUACCAAACAAUUUGGUGAUCAAUAAAAUUACAUAUGGCAAAUGGAA